ACACAUCACAUAAACCCAUCUACUUAUAAAAACAUCAUUUAAAUACAUUUACUCUCCAAAAACCAUCAAUUUGGUCCAAUUUACCGGAAGGUCACCUUCUUAGCCGGUUUAAGUGCAUGAUUGCACGUUUGACAUUUUCUUUUUAUCCCUUUCUUCUUUUAUUUUCUUUUUUCUUUUCUUUCUUUAUUUUCUCUUUGUUCUUCGUUCUUUCUGCUUGUUUUUAACACAUUCCUAUCCCCAGAUUAAAAUUUAAGAAACGAUGUCUCAUGUUUGGCAUUCCCAUUCCCUCAUUCCAACAAUUCCAAAUCCAUCACCUACUCACAUUCUGAUCCCCACCUUCGGAAUUUUUCUUCUUCUCUUUCUAGUAAUGCCCUUGCCCCCUUCAGCCCUUUCACGUCCAUCCCCUGUUCUUGGUGUGCGGAAUUGUUGAAGCAGCGGAGUGCGAAGCUGGGUUGCAGAAGAACGAAAUGAGAUGUCUUCGUCCCCACUAUCCGUCUUGAUCUUCCAUCGAUCGCUCCCAUCUCCGGUAAAGUCGUACCUCCAUGGAUGAGCAUCGAGAGAUUUCGCCACUCUCUACUCGUUGUGAUUUUGACUAUAUAUAAGCAAGAAAAAAGCUUAGAAGAAAGAAUGGGGAGGCUGCAGAUUUGGGAUUUGGAUUUCUUCGAGGGCGGUUGCCUCUCUCUGCUAGCCAUUAAUUUUCCGCGACCAGAACAAUUUGUUAUCAACAGCUCUCUGUUUCUGGUAGAGAAAAAUAAGAAGAAUAUACAUGAAAUCGACAGAGAGAAGGGGGGCCAAUAUGGUGUUGGCAACGAUGAUCAGACCCAGCUUCCAUGCAGGUUUCAACCUUGGAUUGGAGAAAAUCAAACAUGAGACAUCGUUGCUUAAAUUUUAAUCUGGGGAUGGGAAUGUGUUAAAAACAAGCCGAAAGAACGAAGAAGAAAGAGAAAAUAAUGAAAGAAAAGAAAAAAGAAAAUAAAAGAAGAAAGGGAUAAAAAGAAAAUGUCAAACGUGCCUCUGGGAGAGGUCUUGGUCUGGUCCCCCUCUCCUUCUGUAUCAAACAUUAUAAUAAUAAAAUAACGGCAACUGACCCUCGGCAUUUGCCCCACUGAUGGGUGGUUUGCCUUCCGAGGUAUAAAAAAAAAAUGUCAAACGUGCAGUCAUGCACUUAAACUGGC